AUGGGCCGUUCCAGCAUAGUUUGUUAUGAGACAAGUUCAAAUCUGGAACGAGCCAUUCUAACACCAGAACAGAUUAUGGCUGGUAGAAAUGAUCGUGCGAUUGCUGAUGCCCUUCAAGCGUUAGCACAAGCUAUGAGUAAUAAUGAUAGGGCUGGAGGCGCUCCUAACUGGUUGGAGCAAUUUCAGCGAAAUCAUCCACCUACCUUCAAAGAAGAAUAUGACCCAGAUGCUGCAAUGAAUUGGCUAACAAAGAUUGAGAAGAUCUUCAAUAAGGAAGUGGAGUUCCUUGAACUGAAGCAAGGGAAUAACACAGUAGCAGAGUAUGCUGCCAAAUUUGACUCAUUGGUUCGUUAUUGUUCCCACUAUCAUGGUGAGGGUGGUGAACGUGCUAAAUGCAUUAAGUUUGUGAAUGUAUUACGUCCCGAAGGGAAGACAGCGAUCAACUAUCAGGAGAUCUACCAUUUUGCCACCUUAGUGAACAAGUGUCGCAUCUUUGACCGUGACAACCGUGCAUGUGCUGCUUUCUACAAGGGAGCUGGAGGUCUUAUGCUUGCUGCAAGUUCUGAUGCUUCGAGUAGGAGUAAGCCUUACUCUACUCCUGCUAGAUUCUAA